CGAAACACGUCACAAACCUGCGCCGCCGGUGACCACGUGGGAAGAUUUUUGCAGAGGUAAACAACUGCAGUGGUGGCGCUUGCUCCUUUUCCCCUGUUGGCGAGCAUGAAAAAACUUUUUGUCACAGUUUGUUACUGACAGGUCUGAACAAAAUCGAGCGAGAGGGUUUCUUCACCAGGGUAGUUUUUCUAGACCAUGCCCCACGACCCCGAUCCUCCUCCGGCUAAAAAAUUCAAGCCGGGGUCCGCUUUCUUCCGUCUCGAUAAGAAGAAUCCUGGGAUGCUGCUGCCUAGGAAGGGGAAUGCAUCCACUCCGAUAGACGUCCAGAGGAAACACCUGCCCAUCUACCAGGCCAAAGCCCAGCUAGUGAACCAGCUCCGACAGCUUCACAGCGCCGUCCUGAUCGGGGAAACUGGCUCGGGGAAGACCACUCAGAUCCCCCAGUAUCUGUACGAGGCUGGCAUCGGGAGACAGGGCAUCAUCGCUGUCACCCAGCCCCGGAGAGUUGCUGCGAUCUCUCUGGCAGGAAGGGUGGCAGAGGAGAAGAGGACUCAGCUCGGCAAGCUUGUUGGCUACACGGUGCGUUUUGAGGAUGUCACCUCCUUUGAGACCAAGCUGAAGUUCAUGACGGAUGGCAUGCUGCUGCGCGAGGCCAUCGGAGACCCCUUAAUGCUGCGCUACACCGUGGUGGUCCUGGACGAGGCCCACGAGCGCACCGUGCACACUGACGUGCUGUUUGGAGUGGUGAAGACCGCUCAGCGCAGGCGCAGGGAACUGAAUAAGAUUCCGCUGAAGGUCAUAGUGAUGUCAGCCACUAUGGAUGUGGACUUGUUCUCUGAGUACUUCAGCAAGUCUCCUGUGCUGUACCUGGAGGGCAGGCAGCACCCCAUCCAGAUCUACUACACCAAGCAGCCACAGUCGGACUACCUACAGGCUGCGCUGGUCUCCAUCUUCCAGAUCCACCAGGAGGCGCCACCAUCCCAUGAUAUCUUAGUCUUCAUGACAGGUCAGGAGGAGAUUGAGGCUCUGGCCAGGACGUGCCGGGACAUUGCCAAGCACCUGCCUGACGGCUGCGGUCCCAUAGUGGUUAUCCCCCUGUACGCCUCGCUGCCGCCAGCACAGCAGCUCAGGGUCUUCCAGCCUGCUCCCAAGGGAUGCAGAAAGGUUAUCCUCUCAACCAACAUUGCAGAAACAUCCGUGACGAUCUCUGGGAUCAAAUUUGUCAUAGACACGGGGAUGGUGAAGGCCAAGCGCUUCAAUCCUGACAGCGGUCUGGAGGUGCUGGCGGUGCAGCGGGUUUCCAAAGCCCAGGCAUGGCAGCGAGCAGGCAGGGCUGGCAGAGAGGACGCUGGCUCCUGCUACCGACUCUACACUGAGGAGGAAUUUGACAAUCUCAUCCCCAUGACUGUGCCUGAGAUCCAGAGGUGUAACUUAGCCGGUGUGAUGCUGCAGCUCAUGGCUCUGGGGAUUCCAGACGUGAUGAAUUUUGAUUUCAUGUCCAAGCCUUCCCCAGAGGCUGUUGCUCGUGCUGUGGAUCACCUGGAGCUGCUGGGAGCUGUGGAGAGGAAGGAGGGGCUGGUCUCCCUCACUGCUCUGGGAAAAAAGAUGGCCAGCUUCCCCCUGGAACCCAGAUAUGCCAAGACUAUCCUGUUGUCCCCGGACUUCUCCUGUGCUGAGGAGAUUCUGAGUAUUGUGUCGCUGCUGUCAGUGGACACCGUGCUGUACAACCCUCCCGCCCGGAGGGACGAGGUGCUCGCGGCACGCAAAAAGUUCACCUCCAGCGAAGGAGACCACAUGACUCUGCUAAACAUCUAUCGAGCCUUCAAGAAAGUCAGUGGCAAUAAGGAGUGGUGUCGAGAGAACUUUGUCAACAGCAGGAACAUGAGCCUGGUGAGAGAGGUCCAAGCCCAGCUGAGAGAAAUCUGCCUUAAGCUGAAUUUGAAGCUGGAGUCGUGCGGGGCAGACACAGGGAAUGUUCGCCGCUGCCUGGCCCAUGGGAUGUUCGUCAAUGCCGCAGAGCUACAGCCCGAUGGCAGCUACAUCGCUCUCGACACCCACCAGCCCGUGACCAUCCACCCCUCCUCGGUCCUUUUCCAGGCCAAACCGGCAUACGUGGUGUUCAACGAGCUGCUGCACACCUCACGCUGCUACAUGAGAGACCUCUGUUUGGUAGACGCAGACUGGCUCGUGGAUGCAGCACCAGAAUAUUUCUGCCGCAAACUGCACCCAGCCAAGAGCUAACCAAGGGACAAGCAGGACUGUUGGUGGACCAAAUCUCCCCAAGGACACCUUUUGUCCUUUUAUCCAGAGACGGUAAACCUGGAAGAAUGGAAGAAACCUUUGACUCUCCUUACUCUCUCCACACAGCUGAAUCUAAACAACAAACUGGUUGUGCACCACUGCAAACCUGAACACUGGAUGUGUGGUACAUCUUUUCUGAAUUUCUCUACCUCCCAAAUGAGAUCUGGGCUGGCAUGUGUCACCGCAGCCGAAGUCUGCAUAUCGAGGCCUCACAACCACCACUUUUCUGGACUGUGUUUCAGAUUUUAAAACUCUCUGCUUGAUAUCAUUUUAACCUGCCUGUUGGCCACAUAAUGUUUCACCACCUGAAAAGAAGAAUCUGAUUCAGGUUUUAUGCUUCUGUUCUUUAAAGAUUUGCACGUUUUCUAACAGCACAGACGACCUCACAGGAGCAUGACACACUUCUUCAACUGAGCAUACUUGGCCUGAUAUGAUUUAUCUAUUCAUUCUGUCUUGUAUCUGGGUACAUAUGAUGUGAUGUGCACAACACGUUAAUGUCAAAAUAUUGUACUGUAACAUUAAAUCACAAAUGCAAUUUUGAUUCAUAAAGCUAUUUAGAAAUUUGUGCUUUUCAGCUUUACUUUGAGUAAUGGGGAAGUCUUAACAAACUUAUGUCACAUAUCAUUACAUAAAUUGUCAUGGAUAAACUGGAUAAAAUCUCUAAAAUGUCAAGCUAGAAGAAGCAGCCUCAUGUUUCUAGGGUCUGAAGGGUUAAAAGAGUUUUACAGAGAAUUUCCUCAAACCAGUGAAAAUCUUCUUACUCCAAAUAUUGGUGUAACAACAAUUUUCACUUUAAUAUUUAGUCUCUAUGCAGCUCCAGUCAAGUUGGCUUGUAUAUGACCUUUUCCACAUCAAAGAUUGUAUCACCGGCUCCCUAAGUGCAUGCGUGUCAGAAGUAGCAUGCCUAGCUCUCCACAGAAACACCGUAUUCAUGUCAAAUAAUCUGUUAAGUCCUAUCACAACAGGCCUAGGUGUCCUCUUCCCUGUUAAAUGUUGCACAGAUCCUCCUUCAGUCUUCACAUAACUUACAAAAAAUGUAUGCAAUGCAUGGAGAUCAUAGCUGUAGAUCUGACCAGUCAGGUCUUUCAUACAUCAGAGAAUGUAAAUCAGACAGCGUCGAAGGAACAGAAUGGAUGCUCUUCUCUUUUUCUUUUCUUUUCUUUUUUACACUGGACUCAGGAUUGUACAGGGGGUAACUGAAUAAGUUAGAAAACAUGAAUUUCUGGUAACUAUUUUCAAAAUAUCAAACACCAAAUGCAUCUCUGGUUGCUGUAGAGAUUUAUUAGACUGUUCUAUGGAGGCUGUAUGAAGUUAUUGAAUCUCUUCUGGGUCAUGCAGGCCAUGUGCUUAACAGGCUUUUUGUUAUUCAUGAAAGAGAAAUUGACCUUUGACGUCUGCAUGCACUAUUAUUGUAAAGUUUAUACGAUUUAAACGCAUGUCUUUGAUGAGUAUAUUAUGAUUUAUUAUGGUUACUAUGAGGAUUUGUUACAGUCUUACAUAUUCACCUUAAUUUCUAAUAAAUAUUAAGCCACAGUCACAUGGUACAGGUUUACAUCAGCAUGGCAAAGAAGAUUCAAGAGAGGCAAAUUUUCCCAAGAUGUCCCAUAGACUUCUGAACAGCUGUUAAAAAGCUGCUGCUGUACUCCCAUCAGACUUUGAAAUCUUAUGCAAACCCUAGAUUUGAGGACUUUUUGGAUGUUGAACGAUGCACAACACAGAGGUUGAGUUUUUCCCUAAGUUCAGCUGUUUUGACUCAUGUUAAAUUGACAUCCUUCCAAAUUAUGCAAGACUGAAUGAAUGACCACUUAAAACAUCAGUUUUCCCCUUUCUUUUGCAAUAGCUAUAAAUAACUUUUUUUUUUUUUUUUAUUGCAGUCAUUCAUUAUCACUUGAUGUGCUACUCACAACAUAAAUCUCUGACUAGUGCCUGUUUCCUUUAGAUGAUUUGACCAUGGAUUUUAGUAAGGUUAAACUGAGAAGGGUAGCUCAUUUGAGGUAUAUCACUUGUCAUCACCGCCAAUGUGUUAUAUUGUCAAGUUAUUGAUGUAUUGUACCAUUUUUUUCCACAAGGACAAUGGACAUUAAAUUAUGAGUCCCAGGUUGGACUGAGUGCAUCCAGAUGUAGAAGUCAAAGUGUAGAAAUGCAUGCAAUUGUGGCCAACCCAUCUAGUAAUUGUGUAAUAUAAUAAUUGUAUGUUUUUUCAGACAAUAGCAUCCCACCACACUGAAUGCCUUACAACUUUGUAGUAUUAAAUUGUCAAUAAAAAAAAAAAAA